AAAAAGCGACGAAGUUUGAAAAGAAAAACUAGUUUGCCGUAGCGCUCAUCGCGUGCGCAAGCCCCAUCUCUUUGGAUAGUUUCUAGUCACGACAGAACUGUUGUAGACCGAUGCCCCAACUGCCGUACUCUCUCCCUCUCGUGUUCGGCCUCCAUCGAUAACUUCAAUGUAGGAUUCUGCCCACCAUCUCUCUCUCCCCACGUGUUUCUGUCAGCAGUCUCAUUUCUGCCCUCUUUCUGCUUGCAACUCUAGAUAAUCCACUCUAUCUUCCCCAACAAGUCGCAAGAGGAAGGAGGAAGAAGAAGGAGGAAGAAGGAAGAAGGAGAGGCAAGAGAGAGACAGAGAUGGCGCAAGCAAUUCACGCCCUUAUCCCUUCCUCUUCCCCGCGUGUUCAUCUCCGAACUGCCUCCACCGCGACCACCACCAUCCCCAAAUCGAAGCCUUUCUUUAUCGCCAUUCCUCGAUCCCCCUGCCUUCCUCGAGGUCGGUCUUCCCGGAGCCUCAUCUCAGCCAGUUACGAGCUCGAGAACUCCUUUGUCGCGGCAGCCAAUGGGAGCGGAGCAGCGCUGGCGGCGGGAGCCGUCAUCGAGGUGGACGCCGUGAGCGAGGCCGAGCUGAAGGAGAACGGAUUCCGCAGCACUCGGCGAACGAAGCUUGUGUGCACGAUCGGUCCGGCGACGAGCGAAUUCUCGCAGAUAGAGGCGCUGGCCAUGGGCGGAAUGAACGUGGCUCGGAUAAACAUGUGUCAUGGCACCCGAGAAUGGCACCGGGACGUCAUCAGCAAGGUCAGGAAGCUCAACGAGGAGAAGGGGUACGCCGUCGCUAUCAUGAUGGACACUGAAGGGAGCGAGAUCCACAUGGGCGAUCUAGGUGGCGCCGCCUCCGCGAAGGCGGAGGAUGGUCAGAUCUGGACUUUCAGUGUUCGAGCUUUUACUUCACCUCUUCCAGAACACACCAUCAAUGUGAACUAUGAUGGCUUUGCUGAAGAUAUCAAGGUGGGAGAUGAACUUCUUGUGGAUGGAGGAAUGGUAAGAUUUGAUGUGAUUGAGAAGAUUGGCCCAGAUGUAAGAUGCCGCUGCACAGAUCCUGGCCUGCUGCUUCCUAGAGCUAAUCUGACAUUUUGGCGUGAUGGCAGUCUUGUUCGUGAAAAAAAUGCUAUGCUUCCAACAAUUUCUUCUAAGGAUUGGCUUGACAUUGAUUUUGGGAUUGCUGAAGGUGUGGAUUUCCUUGCAAUUUCAUUUGUCAAGUCAGCUGAAGUAAUAAAUCAUCUAAAGAGCUAUAUUGCUGCACGUUCUCGUGACAGUGACAUUGCAGUAAUUGCAAAAAUUGAGAGUAUUGAUUCAUUGGUGAACCUUGAGGAGAUUGUUCGUGCAUCUGAUGGAGCCAUGGUGGCUAGAGGAGACCUUGGGGCACAAAUUCCACUGGAAGAGGUUCCCUCUGCACAGCAGAAGAUAGUUCAAUUAUGCCGGCAGCUCAACAGACCUGUCAUUGUUGCAUCACAGCUGCUUGAGUCCAUGAUCGAGUACCCUACGCCAACAAGAGCAGAAGUUGCUGAUGUUUCAGAAGCAGUGAGACAGCGAUCAGAUGCUCUCAUGCUUUCUGGAGAAUCAGCAAUGGGUCAAUAUCCUGAAAAAGCUCUAACAGUUCUGAGAAGCGUGAGUCUGAGAAUGGAGAGGUGGUGGAGAGAGGACAAGCGACAUGAAGCAACAGUCCUUCCUGGUGUUGCAUCUUCCUUCAGGGACCGUAUUUCAGAGACAAUAUGCAAUUCUGCUGCUAAAAUGGCGAAUAGCUUGGAGGUGGACGCGAUUUUUGUGUACACAAAGACUGGAUACAUGGCUUCUCUUUUAUCGCGGUGCCGGCCAGAUUGCCCCAUUUUUGCCUUCACAACAACAACCUCUGUGCGUCGCAGGCUUAAUCUGCAAUGGGGUUUGAUACCCUUUAGGUUAAACUUCUCCGAUGACAUGGAAAGCAACCUAAAUAGAACAUUCUCAUUACUAAAGGCUAGGGGUAUGAUACAGUCUGGGGAUCUUGUUAUUGCUGUCUCUGACAUGUUGCAGUCUAUUCAGGUGAUCAAUGUCCCUUAGAUCCACCGUCUCUUGUUUGUCUACUUCAAUAGUGAGAAACGUUGUUCGGUUGAUCACUUUUCUUCAUUCUGCAUUUUUUUCUGUGGAUUAUUUGUAUCCUUUAAGUCUGCUGAAGCUAUUCUCAUGAUC